ACGGCUCUCAGUAUCAAUAUCAUCAUUCCAUUUCCCGACUUCUCCAUGCAAUAUGCAAUCAUAGAUCACGCCAUUAAACUCAUUAGGUCAGCAGGUCGCGGCGCCUGGCUCUCCAAAGCCGACAUCACCAGCGCUUUCAAAGUUCUACCUAUUCACCCCGACUUCUGGCGCUUCUUUGGCGUAGUUUGGAAAGGUGCCUUUUACUUCACCGUCCGCCUCACGUUCGGGUGCUGUAGCAGCCCCAAAAUUUUCGAUUCCCUGCCCGAAGCCCUCUGCUGGAUCCUUAUCAAUACCUAUAAACUCCCCUACGUCAUACAUCUUCUAGACGACUUCCUGGUCGUCACUCCUCCAUCUUCCCCUCCUCGUUCCGGUCUUAACGCCCUAACUCAAGCCUUUUCCCAGCUGGGAAUUCCCCUCUCAGAGGAGAAAACMGUCGGUCCGCGCACCUCUUUAGAGUUCCUAGGCAUCACUCUGGACUCUUUAUCUUUCCAAGCUUCCCCAUCACCCAAAAGAUCAACAGAAAUUAGACAGAAAUUAAUCCUGUCUAAUUUCUUACUCGCCGACAAAUGUUCUAAACAGCUGCUCUCUCUCCUCGACCAUCUAAACUACGCUAUUCGAAUCAUUCCGCAGGAAAAAUCCUUCAUCUCUCACCUCCUGUCUAAAGCGGCCAGCAUUCCCUCCCUUCACGGUUCUCUCGCCAUCGAUCACUCCUGCAAAUUAGAAAUGCGUCUGUGGCACUACUUUCUUUCAUCCUGGAACGGAAUUUCUUUCUUCUACAACGAUUUCCUCACCUACCCUGAAGACAUACAACUCUUUACCGACGCAGCUCCCUCAAUCGGUUUCGGCGGUUAUUACAAAGAAAAAUGGUUCGCCGACACAUGGCCGCUCGAGUUUAAGUCUCUUCAGAACGCCUCGGCCCCUCCUUCUUCCACUCUCUUCGAACUUUACCCCAUCCUCAUCGCUGCGAUCCUUUGGGGUCACGAAUGGUCUAAAAAAAAAAAUCCAUCCUCAUUCAUUCAGACAGCACGGCAGUAG